GAGGAAAGAUUCUCGCUGCAGUUCCGUCAGUUGCUCGCGACGAGCCAUCCAGUGCGGUUGGAUGAGCUCCUAGAAAGGAAAAGUGAAAGGACCUUAAGAACCAGUGAAGAAAGUGACCACCCAGCUGAUAAGAAAGUGAAAUACACAACUGUGACAGAUACAGAACCGGAAGUGCUGUCCGCUAAGGACUUUGGUUAUCGCAGCGCGGGUGCUUGAACUAUCGGCACAAUGGGGCUAACGGUGGCCUCCAUUGGUGUCCUGCUGCUGGGCCUGGCGGUGGCCUACACCCAGGCGGAGCUGACGCCUCCAUACUUCAAUUUGGCCACGGGCAGGAAGAUCUACGCCACGGCCACUUGCGGCCAGGAUACGGACGGACCAGAGCUCUACUGCAAGUUGGUGGGAGCCAACACGGAGAACGACCACAUCGACUACUCGGUCAUCCAGGGACAGGUCUGCGACUAUUGUGAUCCCAAUGUGCCGGAGAAGAACCAUCCGCCAGAGAACGCGAUCGAUGGCACUGAGGCCUGGUGGCAGAGUCCUCCUCUGUCCAGGGGCAUGAAAUUCAAUGAAGUCAAUCUGACCAUCAAUUUCGAACAGGAAUUCCAUGUGGCUUACUUGUUCAUCCGCAUGGGCAACUCCCCCCGUCCGGGCCUCUGGACACUGGAGAAGUCCACGGACUACGGCAAGACCUGGACCCCCUGGCAGCACUUCUCCGACACUCCCGCCGAUUGCGAGACCUACUUCGGCAAAGACACCUACAAGCCAAUCACCCGCGAUGACGACGUCAUCUGCACCACCGAGUACUCCAAGAUUGUGCCGCUGGAGAACGGCGAGAUUCCGGUUAUGUUGCUGAACGAGCGGCCCAGCUCAACGAACUACUUCAACUCGACGGUGCUGCAAGAAUGGACCCGAGCCACCAACGUUAGGAUCCGUCUAUUGCGAACCAAGAACCUUUUGGGCCAUCUCAUGUCCGUGGCUCGACAGGAUCCCACGGUGACACGUCGCUACUUCUACUCGAUCAAGGAUAUUUCCAUCGGAGGACGCUGUAUGUGCAACGGUCACGCCGACACCUGCGACGUCAAGGACCCGAAGAGUCCUGUCAGGAUUCUCGCCUGUCGCUGCCAGCACCACACCUGCGGCAUUCAGUGCAACGAGUGUUGCCCCGGAUUCGAGCAGAAGAAGUGGCGUCAGAACACCAACGCACGGCCCUUCAACUGUGAACCCUGCAACUGCCACGGCCACAGCAACGAGUGCAAGUACGACGAGGAGGUCAACCGCAAGGGACUCUCCCUGGACAUCCACGGGCGGUACGAGGGUGGCGGCGUGUGCCGCAACUGUCAGCACAAUACGGUGGGAAUCAACUGCAACAAGUGCAUGCCCAAAUACUACAGACCCAAGGGCAAGCACUGGAAUGAAACCGAUGUUUGCAGCCCCUGCCAGUGCGACCACUUCUACUCCACCGGACAUUGCGAGGAGGAGACUGGAAACUGCGAGUGCCUCGCCGCCUUCCAGCCGCCGAACUGCGACUCCUGCGCUUAUGGCUACUACGGAUACCCCAACUGCAGAGAGUGCGAGUGCAACCUGAACGGCACAAAUGGCUACCACUGCGAGGCGGAGAGCGGCCAACAGUGCCCGUGCAAGAUCAACUUCGCGGGUCCCUACUGCAAGCAGUGCGCCGAGGGCUACUACGGAUUCCCCGAGUGCAAGGCCUGCGAAUGCAACAAGAUCGGCUCCAUCACCAACGACUGCAAUGUGACGACUGGAGAGUGCAAGUGCUUGACCAACUUCGGAGGCGACAACUGCGAGCGCUGCAAGCACGGAUACUUCAACUACCCCACGUGCUCCUACUGCGAUUGCGACAACCAAGGUACAGAGUCGGAGAUCUGCAACAAGCAGUCGGGCCAGUGCAUCUGUCGCGAGGGAUUCGGCGGACCCAGGUGUGACCAGUGCCUGCCCGGCUACUACAACUAUCCGGACUGCAAGCCCUGCAACUGCUCCGGCACUGGCAGCUCGGCGAUCACCUGCGACAACACCGGAAAAUGCAACUGUCUCAACAACUUUGCCGGAAAACAGUGUACCCUCUGUAGUGCUGGCUAUUACAGCUAUCCGGACUGUUUACCUUGCCACUGUGACUCCCAUGGAUCGCAGGGCGUGACCUGCAAUGCGGACGGCCAGUGCCUGUGUGAGCCGAACUUCGACGGACGGCAGUGCGACUCGUGCAAGGAGGGCUUCUACAACUUCCCCAGCUGCGAGGACUGCAACUGCGACCCGGCCGGAGUGAUCGACAAGUUUGCCGGAUGCGGAUCUGUUCCCGUCGGAGAGCUGUGCAAAUGCAAGGACCGAGUGCAGGGCAGGAUCUGUGAUGAGUGCAAGCCGCUCUACUGGAACCUGAACAUCAGCAAUGCUGACGGCUGCGAGAACUGCGAAUGCUGGACCGACGGCACCAUCUCUGCCCUGGACACGUGCGCCUCCAAGUCCGGUCAGUGUCCUUGCAAGCCGCACACACAAGGCCGUCGCUGCCAGGAGUGCAGGGAUGGCACCUUCGACCUGGACAGUGCCUCGCUCUUCGGCUGCAAGGACUGCAGCUGCGAUGUGGGCGGUUCUUGGAACAGUGUUUGCGACAAGAUCAGUGGUCAGUGCAAGUGCCAUCCGCGGGUUACAGGCCGAGCGUGCACCCAGCCCUUGACCACUCACUUCUUCCCAACCCUGCACCAGUUCCAAUACGAGUACGAGGACGGAAAGUUGCCGUCCAGCACCCAAGUGCGAUACGACUACGAUGAGAAGGCCUUCCCCGGCUUCAGCAGCAAGGGCUAUGUGGUGUUCAACGCCAUUCAGAACGAGGUGCGCAACGAGAUCAACGUUUUCAAGUCGUCGCUCUACAGGAUUGUACUCCGCUAUGUGAACCCCAACCCCGAAAAUGUCACGGCAACCAUUCUGAUAACAUCCGAGAACCCACUGGAGGUGGACCAGAAUGUGAAAGUUCUGCUUCAACCCACUCUGGAACCACAGUUCGUGACGGUUUCCGGGCCCAAGGGUGUAAAGCCCUCAGCCGUUGUGCUCGAUCCCGGAAAUUACGUCUUCACGACCAAAGCCAAUAAGAAUGUAAUGCUGGACUACUUUGUGCUGCUUCCCGCCGCGUACUACGAAGCCGGAAUCCUCACCCGUCACAUCUCCAAUCCCUGCGAAUUGGGCAACAUGGAGCUGUGCCGCCACUACAAGUAUGCCUCGGUUGAUGUGUUCGAGCCGGCAGCCACUCCAUUUAUCAUCGGCUCCAACUCGAAACCAACCAAUCCCACCGAUGUAUACACCGAUACCGAGCACCUGGAGAUUGUUAGCCACGUGGGUGACAUUCCAGUGCUGAGCGAGACCCAAAAGGAGCUCAACUACAUUGUGGAUGUCCCACAAAGCGGACGCUAUAUAUUCGUAAUCGACUACAUUAGCGAUCGCAACUUCCCGAACACCUACUACAUCAACCUGAAGCUUAAGAACAACCCGGAUUCAGAGACACCAGUUCUCCUUUAUCCUUGCUUGUACUCCACCAUCUGCCGCACAUCGGUCAACUACGACGGUCAGGAGAAGCCCUUCUACAUCAGCAAGGACGACCUGCAGCCAGUUACAGUAUACGCUGACAUCACGGACGACUUCCGCCAGCCGAUCAUUUCGGUGACAGCCAUUCCGGUCGAUCAGUGGUCCAUUGACUACAUCAACCCCAGUCCGGUGUGUGUGAUUCACAACCAGAAGUGCUCCACGCCGAAAUUCCUCUCCGUUCCCGACUCCAAGAAGAUCGAGUUCGAAACCGACCACGAGGACCGCAUUGCGGCCAACAAGCCACCUUACGCCGCUCUCGACGAGAGGAUCAAGCUGGUUCAUUUGAACAGCAAGGAGGAGGGUACCAUCGUAAUUGAGUCCAAGGUUGACUACGCCAAGCCCAACACCUAUGUUAUCCUGGUGAAGUACUACCAGCCCAACCACCCGAAGUACCAAGUCCAUUACACCCUGACGGCUGGAAAGAACCAGUACGAUGGCAAGUUCGACAUUCAGCACUGCCCCUCCAGCUCCGGCUGCCGGGGAGUAAUCCGACCGGGUGAAGACGGGUGGUUCGAAAUCGACGAUGACUUCAAGUUUACCAUCACGAAUCCGCGACCUCAGGGCGUCUGGCUGGACUAUCUGGUUGUGGUGCCCCUGAAGCAGUUCAACGACGACCUUUUGGUGGAGGAGACCUUCGACCAGACCAAGGAGUUCAUCCAGAACUGCGGCCACGACCACUUCCACAUUACCCACAACGCUAGUGAAUUCUGCAAGAAAUCCGUGUUCUCCCUGACGGCGGACUACAACAGCGGUUCUCUGCCCUGCAACUGCGACUAUGCCGGAUCCACCAGUUUCGAGUGCCAUCCGUUUGGUGGUCAGUGCCAGUGCAAGCCGAACGUCAUCGAGCGCCAGUGCGGUGCCUGCAGAAGUCGUUACUACGGAUUUCCGGACUGCAAGCCCUGCCAGUGUCCCAGCAGCGCCAUGUGCGAGCCGACCACCGGAGAGUGCAUGUGUCCCCCGAACGUCAUCGGGGAAAUGUGCGAGAAAUGUGCUCCGAACACCUACGGAUUCCAUCAGGUAAUUGGCUGCGAGGAGUGCAACUGCAACCACAUGGGCAUUGCCAAUGGAAACACCCAGUGCGACCUGUUCAAUGGAACCUGUGAGUGCCGCGACAACAUUGAAGGACGCGCCUGCGACGUUUGCGCCCACGGGUACUUCAACUUCCCGCACUGCCAGCAGUGUAGCUGCCACAAGCCGGGAACCGAAAUCGAGGUGUGCGACAAGGUCGACGGCAGCUGUUUCUGUAAAAAGAAUGUGGUCGGAAGGGACUGCGACCAGUGCGUGGAUGGCACCUACAACCUCCAGGACAGCAAUCCGGAUGGCUGCACCACUUGCUUCUGCUUUGGAAAGACAUCGCGUUGCGACAGCGCCUAUCUUAGAGUCUACAACGUGAGUCUUCUGCGCCAAGUGUCCAUCAGCACUCCGCAAUUCCGCGACGACAGCAUCAAGUUCGACAUGUGGCCAGUACCCGUGGAGGAGAUUUUCCUGAAUGAAACCACCCUCCAAGCGGACUUCACCCUGCGGGAGGUGAACGACGAGAGGCCGUCCUAUUUCGGAGUACUGGACUACCUGCUUAACCAGAACAAUCACAUCUCGGCUUACGGCGGCGAUCUGGGCUACACUCUGAUCUUUACUUCCGGCUUUGACGGCAAGUCUAUUAUAGCGCCGGAUGUCAUCCUGUUCAGCGAACACAACACCCUCGUUCACCAGAGCUGGGAGCAGCCCAACAGGAAUCAUCCAUUCACAAACCGCAUCCAGAUGGUGGAAUCAAACUUCCAAACGGUUUCCGGAAAACCCGUUUCCCGCGCCGACUUCAUGAUGGUUCUGCGGGACUUGAAAUCGAUCUUCAUUCGGGCUAACUACUGGGAGCAAACUUUGGUCACCCAUUUGGACGAUGUCUACCUGACACUGGCCGACGAAGACGCUGACGGCACCUCCGAACAGAAGUUCCUGCCUGUGGAACACUGCUUCUGCCCGCCAGGAUAUGCGGGACACUCUUGCGAGGACUGCGCCCCAGGCUACUACAGGGACCCCAACGGUCCCUACGGCGGCUACUGCAUUCCUUGCGAGUGCAACGGACACUCGGAGACCUGCGACUGUGCCACCGGUAUCUGCACGGCCUGCCAGCACGGAACUCAGGGAGACCACUGCGAGCAGUGUGUGGCCGGCUACUAUGGAGACGCAACUCGUGGAACACCUGGCGACUGCAUGAUCUGCGCCUGUCCACUGCCCUUCGAUUCGAACAACUUCGCCACCAGCUGUGAAAUAUCCGAGAGUGGAAACGAAAUCCAUUGCGAAUGCCAGCCGGGAUACACCGGACCCCGUUGCGAAGCCUGCGCCAAUGGAUUCUACGGCCAGCCAGAGGCUUUGGGAGAAGUGUGCAAGCCGUGCGAAUGCUCCGGCAACAUUAAUCCCGAGGAUCAGGGAUCUUGCGACACGAGAACUGGAGAGUGCUUGCGCUGCCUAAACAACACCUAUGGAGCAGCCUGUAACCUGUGCGCUCCUGGAUUCUACGGCGAUGCCAUCAAACUGAAGAACUGCCAGAGCUGCGACUGCGACGACUUGGGCACUCUGAACUGUGAUCCCUUCGUGGGCAAAUGCACCUGUCAUGAGAACGUGAUCGGGGAGCGAUGCGACCGCUGUAAGGCGGACCACUACGGAUUCGAGUCUGGCUUGGGUUGCCGUGCUUGCGAUUGCGGAUCAGCAUCCAAUUCCACGCAAUGUGACCCCCACACUGGCCACUGUGCCUGUAAGCCGGGUGUCACCGGUCGCCAGUGCGAUAGGUGCGCCGUAGACCACUGGAAGUACGAGAUCGAUGGGUGCACCCCGUGCAACUGCAACCAAGGCUAUUCCCGAGGAUUCGGAUGUAACCCCAACACGGGCAAGUGCCAGUGUCUGCCAGGAGUCAUCGGAGAUAGGUGCGACGCUUGUCCGAAUCGUUGGGUGCUGAUCAAGGAUGAGGGCUGCCAAGAGUGCAACAACUGCCACCAUGCUCUGCUGGAUGUAACCGAUGCAAUGCGCUAUAAGAUUGACAACGUCCUGGAGGACUUCAACAGCGUGACCCUGGCCUUCUUUACAAGCCAGAAACUGAACUACUACGACGAACUGGCCGAUGAGUUGGAGCCAAAGGUCAAGGCGCUGGAUCCCACGAGUGUGAAUCUGAAUCCCUCGAAGAAAGCGAACAGCGAAAUCGAGUCAGAGGCCAAGUCCUACGCCAAGCAGGUGAACCAAACGCUCGCCAAUGCCGUCGAUAUCCGCGACAGAUCGAGCACCACUCUGGGUAACAUUACGGCGGCCUACCAGGAUGCGGUCAAGAGUGCCGGCCAGGCCAAGGAGGCCAUCUCGGCCGUGGAGGCCCUUUCUGAGAAUCUCGAGGCCACAGCGAGCACCAAAAUCGAUGCGGCCCUGGAACAGGCUCAGAAGAUCCUCGCCCAAAUAAACGACACGGAGAUUGAACUUUUGCCUAACGAACAAGUCCUGGAAAAGGCUAGGAAACUCUACGAGGAAGUGAACACUUUGGUGCUUCCCAUAAAGGAGCAGAACAGAAGCUUGCACGCUUUAAUGAACGACAUUGGAGAGUUCAGCGACAAAGUGGAAGACCUCUUCGAAUGGAGCAAGAAGUCGCAGGAACAAUCGGCGGAAGUCGAGCUCAGGAAUCUGGCGAACCAAAAGUCAUUCGAGAACUCCAAGUUCGACACCGUUUCGGAACAACAGAAGCAGGCUGAGAAGAACAUCAUCGAGGCUGGCAACUUCCUAAUCAACGGCGAUAUGACCCUCAACCAAAUCGAGGACAAGUUGAACGACCUGCGGGAAGCCUUGGACGAACUGGGCAACGUUAAUAAGAAGGUUGAUGACGAACUGCCCUCCAGAGAGGUGGAACACAAUGAGGCGGAGAAGCUCACGGAGGAAGCCGAGAUCAAGGCUGCUCAACUCGCGGCCAAGGCCCAGGAUCUGACCUUCCAAUACAUGGACAUGACCUCGCAAGCGGAGCCCGCGAUCAAGGCAGCCACUGCCUACUCCGGAAUCGUGGACGCCGUCAAAGCUGCUCAGAAGUUCAGCCAGGAUGCUAUCACAGCCGCUGGCAAUGCCACCCAAAUCACCGACGGCAUUGAAGAUCGUGCUGGCCAGGCCGACUCGCAAUCGGCUGAGCUCCUCCAGAAGGCACGCCAAUCUCUCCUGAAGGUCCAGGACGAUCUACAGCCGCGCCUCAACCAGUCGGCGGGCAAGGUCCAGAAGAUAUCCGAUUUGAACAAUGCCACCGAACAGCAACUGAAGGAAAUCAACAUCCUGUUCAACCAACUGCCAGCAGAAUCCCAGAGGGACAUGUGGAAGAACUCGAACACCAAUGCCAGCGACGCCCUGGAGAUUCUGAAGAAUGCCCUGGACAUUCUGAAGCCGGUCAGUGCCCAAACGCCAAAGGAACUGGAGACUGCUCAGAACAUUAAGCGACACCUGGAUCUGACCAACAAGGACAUCUCGCAGGCGAACAACCAGCUGGAUAAUGUGGAGUCAAGCAUUUCAAAUCUGAACACACUGGCCGAAGGUGUCGAGGACCAGCAGCAACAUGUGGGUGAGCAGACGGCGAAGCUGGGCCACGACAUCGAGAACCUGAAACGCCUGGUGGAGACCGCCCGUCAGACGGCGAACAAGAUCAAAGUGGGCGUCAACUUCAAGCCAAGUACCAUUCUCGAGCUGAAGACACCGGAGAAGGCCAAGCUCCUGGCCACGCGCACCAAUCUCUCCUUCUUCUUCCACACCACGGAGCCCGACGGUUUCCUUCUUUAUCUGGGCAACGACAACAAGACCGCCCAGAAGAACACCGACUUCGUGGCCGUAGAACUGCAGAACGGCUACCCAAUCCUCUCCAUCGACAUGGGCAGUGGGGCAGAGCGCAUUACCAACCCGAAGUACGUGUCAGACGGCAAAUGGUAUCAGGCGGUGGUGGACCGAGUGGGUCCAAAUGCUAAGCUAAUUAUCCGGGAGCAAUUGCCUAACCGAGAGGUGCAGGAGUAUCCGGCAUCCGGUGCUAUUGAGGGCCCAGAGAAUAUCCUGCACGUCGACCGAAACAGUCGUCUUUUCGUAGGCGGCUAUCCGCCAAACUCGGACUUCAAUGCUCCUGAAGACCUUAAGGCGACCUCAUUCAAUGGCGUUAUUGAGGACCUUAGGAUCGGGGACGAGCCAGUGGGACUGUGGAACUUUGUAUACGGCGAGGAAAAUGACGAGGGUGCCCAGGAGCGCGAUGUUCUCCAGGACAAGGAGCGUCCGGUGACAGGUCUACGGUUCAAGGGCAACGGCUAUGUUCAGCUGAACACAUCCUCCAACCUGAGAAACCGAUCCAGCAUCGAGUUCCGAUUCAAGGCCGACAAGGAUGCGGCCAACGGUCUGCUCUUCUUCUACGGACGGGAUAAGCACUACAUGUCUAUUGAAAUGAUCGACGGAGCCAUCUACUUCAACAUCAGUCUGGGCGAGGGCGGAUUGGUCUCGGCCAAUCAGAAUCGCUACAACGACGGCCAAUGGCACAAGGUUGUGGCGGAACGUGAGUACCGCCAGGGCCUGCUCAAGGUGGACGACAUAGUCCUCGCCCGAGAAGCGGCGCCAAUGGAAGCCGAUGGAGAGCUGCCUCGCCUGCGAAGGGUGUUCUUCGGCGGAUAUCCAAAGCGGCCAAAUAGCACCUUGAAUCUCCAGCCCAGCUUCGAGGGUUGCAUCGACGACGUGGUCAUCAACUUGGUUCAUGUCGAUCUUACCGAGUACGUCAAUGGCACUGGCGUGGAGGAGGGCUGCGCCGACAAGUUCUCCACAGUGCUGUCGUAUGCCCCAUACGAGUUCGGUUUCUUGCGCGUCAACGAGAUCUCCUCGGGCGACAACCUCUACGUAGAACUGCGAUUCAGGACCCGGCAGCCCACGGGUGUCCUCUUCUACGCCACCAACUACAAUCAGAGCUUCACAUUGGGCUUGGCCCUGGACGACGGAGCCCUCAAGCUGAAUAGCUUGGGCCGGCAGUUGGUCGUGGACGAGCGACUCCUCAACGACGGCGAGGAGCACCAAGUGACAGUGCAGCAGAGCCAUGGAAAGCUUCGACUUGCCGUGGAUGAUUUGGACGCCAAGGAACUUCCAUCGCCGCAACAGCCCAAAUUGGAGGGCGGCGACAUCUUCUUCGCCGGUCUCCCCGACAACUACCGAACUCCCAGGAACGCCCUGGCCACCACGGCCUACUUCGUGGGUUGCAUCAGCGACGUGACCGUGAACAAUGAGAUCAUCAACUUUGCCAACAGUGUGGAGAAGAAGAACGGAAACACCAAUAGCUGCCCACCGACUGUCCUAGCCUAUGACCCCAGCGAAGUGCCCAGCUACUAUCCCAGUGGGGCCAACGAAGUAGUAGACGAAUGGUACCAACCCGACGACAGCAAACCCAUCUAUCACCCAGUCGCUGAGCCAACUUCGCCCCCGACCACCACUACGACAUCUACCACAGCACGCACCACUACCACCUCCACCACUAGCACCCCUGUCACCUCGACUACGCACAUACAAACGGCUCAGCCGCACAUCCCUGUCGACGAGGUCGAGGAGAAGGAACAGGAGAGGGAGAAGGACCUCGCUAACCAGCGGACACUGACCACCCGGCCACCGGCCGUCUUGAAUGUGCCAAACGAUGUCCGGUGCAAGCUGCCAGGCCAGCCCAACUACGAUGUAACAUACGCAGAGGCAGGCUACCGCUUCUAUGGAGCGCGGGAGCAGCGACUGGAGGUCAGCUCUUUGCCGGUGAAACUGCGCCGGCACCACGACGUCGGCUUCUCGUUCCGCACGGAGCACCCCAACGGCUUGCUCUUCUACGCAGGCAGCAAGCAGCGCGAUGACUUUAUAGCCGUCUAUCUUCUAGAUGGCAAGGUCACCCACGAGGUGCGGGCGGGAGAGCUACUGCAGGCGAAGAUCACCAGUGAAGUGGAGCUAAACGACGGAAAGUGGCACACCGUGGAAGCGGUGCGCACCAACCGCAAGGUUAGCCUGAUUGUGGACACAAUAGAGCAGCCGGGAUCAUUGGAUCUGAUCCCCGACCGCAGUGCUCCAGUGCUGGCCGUAGAGAUGCCCAUAUUCUUCGGCGGCAUCAACAAAUUCCUUGAGUCGGAGGUGAAGAACCUCACCUCCUUCAGAACGGAGGCGCCAUACUAUAACGGCUGCCUUCAAGACAUCAAGUUCGAUAGUGACUUGCUAAAGACGCCGCCCCAGGACUUUGGAGUGGUGCCGUGCUCGGACCAAGUGGAGCGAGGCGUGUACUUCAGCAGCGAAUCGUCGUACGCCAAGAUUUUCGAUAGAUUCUCGGUUGGUUCGGAUAUGUCGAUCAGCUUCAACUUCCGGCCCAGGGAUCCCAAUGGGCUGCUCUUCUCCGCGCACGGAAAGAACUCGUACGCAGUCCUGGAGCUGGUGGACAACACGCUGAUCUUCACCGUGAAGUCAGAUCCCAAGAACAUCAUCACCACCAACUUCACGCUGCCGAAUGACGAGAGCUUCUGCGACGGCCAAACGCGCAACGUCCAGGCCAUCAAGUCCAAGUUCGUGAUCAACAUUGCGGUGAACUUCAUCAGUUCGAAUCCGGGCGUGGGCAACGAGGGCUCGGCUAUAACCAAGACGAACCGUCCGCUCUUCAUGGGCGGCCAUCCGUUCUUCAACAAGGCUCCGGGCAUAGCCACCAAGAAGACCUUCAAGGGAUGCAUCAGCCAGGUGGAAAUCAACAAGAAGGCCAUCUCCAUCACGCCCAACAUGGUCAACGGAGACGUCUGGCAAGGUUACUGCCCAACGAACUAACCAAAUCGAUCACUGGAACGCCAAAGGGACUAACGAUUCAACCUCACAACGUCUGGAAAAACUGCCAAUGGGAAAACUGAUGCGAGACGGACCCGGAAAAUGAAAGGACAACGAACGAACAAACCUAAAACGAACAAAAUCGACAGGUCGGGGAAGAGUCUGGACAGAGUCCCAGGACAAUGGACUUCCAGCAUAACCACCAGUCGUAUAGCUCUACCCUAUAAGUCAUUGUGUCAAUCUAUUAAAGCCAUAUAUUCUUGUAACUUCUUGUAAUACUUUGUAGCUUCCCGAUAACUCCUCAAGUUAUUUGAAAUAUUUUUCAUUUUUACAGUCAAUAAAUAUGAUUUGAAUUCAA